AUGUUCCGUAAGAAGCCAGCUAAGACUCCCGGUCACAGUAAAGGCCACGAAAACGACCCAUUCCGACUUGAUCUGGAUCCGAAUGAAUUACAGUUCGAUGAAGCAGCUUUGGAAAAAGAGUUAGCUGCCAUGCUUGGUAGCGACAAGGAUGAAGAAAAACCUUUAACAAAAGCGAUUCCUUCUCACCUCUCAAGCCAAGGAAGUGGUCAGUUUCGGGGGGAGCCGGUCACGAUCGGCGGUCACGGUAAAGGUCAUAAAGAUGAAUCAUUUCGGCUUGAUUUGGAUCCAAGUGAAUUGGAAUUUGAUGAUGCAGCUUUGGAAAAGGAGCUUGCUGCUACGCUUGGCAACGACACGGACAAGGAGGGACCGAAAACCCGAGAGACUCAUCCUCGCCGUUCCACUGAUCUUGGUGGUCAAGUUAGUGAAGACGAGAUGGAGUUAUUGUCUAGCCUGAAAACACACCUUGGUGUCUCCGAUAACGAAUCCGAGGUGUCAGAAAGUGCAAAAACCCCGUCCAAUGUACCUACAGUCCCCUCCAGUUCUGUAAAUGAAACACUGGCGGUCAUUCUGGAACGACAAAAGGCUUUCGAAGAUGCAAUUUCAUCGAUUAGGUCUUCUGCUGAUGCUCUCACUGACACCGAGAAUGCGUGUUUGCGCCGAUAUGAAAGAAUGUUAGCCUCGGUGAAGUCAAUGGCUGCGAAAGCAAAGUGCAAUAUUUCUGUUAAUUUGGAGGACCUUCCAGCUGCUCCCCCAACACCUAAACAUACGUCAACGGAAAAGCCACAGCGAAAAACAGGAGAAAACAUAGUUUUAGAUUAUGUUACCGGGACAACCUCGAACACCAAAACGACAACGUCAUCAGAAUCUCCACCGGAACACAUUAGGCUAUUAAAAGAGCGCCUCGCGGAGUAUAGGAGAGCAGCUGCAUUAGCUAAAACAAAGGGCAACAAACUUCGUGAAAAGGAGUUGAUGGUUGCAGUUGAUGCACUGGCUGGGUCGAUUCCAUUGAUUGAGUCCGGAGUGGAGCAAUUCGACCCCGCCGACAUGCCUCCACCUCCCGAACAAUUUUCUCUGCCACCCGAGGCUCUCGCUGAGCUAUCCGCGGAGCCGCAAUCCGGCACAUCGACUGCUCCAGCUCCACCUCAACCCGUUGACCCUGCAAUGGCUGCUAUUGCGAAAGCUGCAUCGUCAACUGUGGCCACCAAGGAAUCCCUCACGGCAAGAAUACAGCUCCUCAACGCGAUGAUUCAAAGCUCAGACGCCUCAAACAAGCGUCUGUACGAGCGAACCCACGCGUCCUAUGUUAAGGCUCUUCGUGCUCUGGAAACUGGUGUGCGCUUCAACUACGGCCAGCUCAAUCCGCUGCCCGGUUGCCCCCAAUUCACCUCGGCCGCACCGCCUGCUGGUGCAGCGGCCGCCGCCACCUCCUCCUCCUCCUCACAACCCGCACCUUCGUCGUCGUCGUCAGCGCGUUCUCGGACGCUCGAGUUGCUCAAGCAGCGUCAAGCUGAGCUGCGAACGGCCGCCGCCCACGCAAAGGCCCGUGGGGACAUGAAUGAGGCGCGCGAAUACCUCCGCCUGUCCCUCGGCAUGAACAACAUGAUUAGGUCGGUGGGCGCGGGGCUGCCUAUUGACUUCAAGCAGGUUCCGCCAGCUCCCCACUCGGGCAAGGGCCCAGCAUCAGGAAGCCCCUCUCAGCCGAUUCUUUCGGGCGUCGCCUGUGCUCCUCCCGUCGAAUUCCAAACCGCUCUGGUCGAAGCGGGGAAGGAUUCCCAAGCCAUUUGUGAUAAGUUGAUAUGGCAACUCGAAGCCCAGGCAACAGAAGCUUCCCGGUUGUCUGAAAGUCUCCGUGAGGCUGGGUUGUCUCAAAUCGCUGACAAGAUCUUUGACCUCGCUGACGUCUCUCGGAAGUGGAUAGCUCUCACAACCGCCUACAAGCAUCGGUCGCGUGUGCCUCAGUAUAGCUUUGAGAUGGCCAAUCUGCCGUGUUUGAAUAUGAAUCCUGAUUUGGGUGACGGAGUGCUGGAGGUCACCGCAGUUCGCGGUAUCUCCCUCCCCGUCCCCCCAGGCGUCAGCAGCCCAUCUUCCUUGGACACCUAUGUUACCAUUGAGCUCCCUUUCCCAUCUUCCGAUUCCCCGCAAAAACAUUCUACCGAGUGGGCUCGACACACCAACGAGCCCACGGAUUAUGGCGGCUACCAAGCCUCUGCUCGCUUCGAAGUCAACAGACAUGCAAAGUCCUACGAGCGUUUGCUGCAAGGCGUCAAGUCAAUCAAAGCCACCGUGUACUACAAUCGUGGGUUACUAAAAAAGCCAGGAGUGCUGGGAGCGGUGACGGUAAAGCUGAACGAUUUGAUGACCUCAGCGACUCACACCGCAAGUUAUGACCUCAUGGAUGGACGCAAAGCCGUCGGUGGACGUCUUGAAUUGCGUAUGAGGCAUCGGGCACCGCUUCAGGUAACUUGCUGCCUAGCCCUUUUUGAUAUCAAAGAAACCAAUUUCGGCCUUCAUGCUGCUUCACCAAAGCACAAGUUAACAGUUGUGUAA